CCAAAAUCCAUAAAUGAAAAGUGUUUGCCCUAACAGCAUGCGGCGGCCCCACCCACCAACAGAUGUCCCUGCAUGAGGCGAUUCGGGGCAGGACAAGAACGCAUCUGCUUGCGGACUCAGGCCCCGUAGGAUCAGAGAUUCUGCUGAACGUGACCUGCGGGGCGGCCCCCAUCGCGCCCCACUACCUUCUGACUGCUGCCCACUGCGUCGUCAAUACAAAGUACACCCCGAGAAGCAUUCAUCUCGGAGCAAAUGACCUAACCAAUCCAGAGUCUGCAGAGUACCACAUAGAAGAAAUCAGGUACCACCCUAACUAUAAGUAAGUGACUUCGCAAAGAGAAGAAUUUACAGAUUCACGGGUUUAUUCA